AACCCCAAACUGGCGCGCUCUUUCCUUGGUUUCCUCGUCCAUUUCUCCCAUGGCCGACUCGAAGUGUCCUUCUUUAUCUAGGUUUUCUUACAUCGAUCUACUCUGGUCUUAACAGGGUUCCUAUUAUCUCAAGCAUUUGUCUAAAUGCCCAGCUCUGUUCCUCUCGGAUAUUCGCCCUAACCCUAUGCGAAGAUCGAUCGGCAGUUUUUGCCCAUUUUAGGCGGUGUGCGCUGUAAGCAGGAGAAAUGCUCAUUGGGUCAGAUAUCGGUAGGCUGAGAUGAAGCUUGACGCUCUGCUGACCUCCGCAGGCAUAAACAUCGGCCUCUGUGUGUUCUUUAUCUCGAUCUAUUCGGUGAUCAGGAAACAGCCUUCAAAUUUGUACGUGUAUUUUGGGCGGAGUCUCACCCAGGAGCGGAACAAGCCAAAUGAUUCCUUCAAUAUUGAAAAUUUUUUGCCUUUCCCAGGUUGGAUACUCAAGGCAUGGGGACCAACCGAAAAUGAGAUAUUGGCAUCCGUCGGCCUUGAUGCUGUUGUCUUUUUAAGGAUGAUUGUUUUCAGUAUCCGAAUAUUCUUUAUUGCUUUCCUCAUCUGCAUGUUUGGGGUAUUGCCACUGAAUUAUUAUGGACAAGAAAUGACUCACAAUCAAAUUCCUCGUGAAUCUUUGGAAGUUUUUACUAUUGCCAAUGUUAAGGAAGGUUCUCAAUGGUUGUGGGUUCAUUGCCUUGCCCUGCAUAUUAUCUCUUUCUCAGCUUGUACCCUUCUUUACUUCGAAUAUCAAAGAAUUUCCAAACUAAGACUGGAUCAUGUUACAGCACGUCCUCCUAAACUUAGCCAUUUCAGUAUUCUUGUUCGGUCAAUACCGAGAUUAAGAGACAUGCCACUUGAUGAUGUCAUUAAAAAUUUUUUCAUAACUUAUCAUGGAAUGAGUUACUUAUCACAUCAAAGAAUACAUCGGAGUGGAGCAUUUCAUAAAAUUAUGACCAAUGCGGAGAAGGCAUGUACGAAGUUUGUACGCCUAAGGGCUGCAAGUUUUGAUCUUAAAAGAAGACCUGCUUCAUAUCGAUGUGGUCUUUGUGGUGGAACUUCUAGAUCUUAUGAUCUGUAUGACAAUGCCUCUGACGUUGAGGAGAGAAGAACUCCACUUAGCCGUUCAGAUUCCGGGAAAAAGGAAGAGGAUUGUUCAGCUGCAUUGGUAUUUUUUAAGACACGGUAUGCUGCAGUUGUGGCUUCUCGAGUUCUUCAAUCAUCAAACCCUAUGUUAUGGGUUACUGAUUUGGCUCCGGAACCUGAUGACUUAUACUGGUCAAACCUUUCAAUACCGUACAGGCAACUUUGGAUUCGCCAAAUAUCAAUAGUGGUGGCUACUAUUCUAUUUUUGUUUCUGUUUCUCAUCCCAGUUACAUUUGUGCAAGGUCUUACACAGUUGGAGACAUUACAGCAAAAACUCCCAUUUCUAAGAGGUAUACUAACAAAGUAA